CAUUCUUUUAAUACUCUUCCAUUAAUCCUCUUCACUCCAUUCUCCAAUGGCCGAAGAAUUUCAAGAAUCCGAAGUUAUUUUCUCCGAUCUUCGCGAUCACACCCGUUACCUCCGCCGUGACGACGACGAUUUCUUCAAUUUCAACUCCCGCCGUGGAAUAAUCCUUGCGCCACCGCGAACUAAGUAUCAUCACCGAACAACCAUGCGCGACGGCUGCGUCCGCCUCUCGAAGAAGGAAAUCGCCAGGUCGCUUCCGGUAAGAAUUCCGGAAAGAAGCUUCCACAGGACGGCGGAGGAAGACGACGACAUGGACGAAGAGGAAAUAAUUCCACCGCACUUAGUAACGGAGCGACGAGUUGCCAGAAAAAUGGCGUUCUCCGUUUGUACCGGCAAUGGACGGACGCUGAAGGGACGAGAUUUGAGCCGAGUAAGGAAUUCGAUUCUUCGGAUGACUGGAUUCUUAGAAACGUAAUCAAUCGCAACGAAAAACGAACGACGGCCGCGAUCGGACGAUCAUUUCCGAUCUCUUUUUUUUCCCUCAAAUUAAAGAGGAAGGCGAAAAAGCUUCUUCUUCAAUGAAAUUUAAUUAUAAUUUGGGGAUUUGAAUUUGAAUUUUACCAAAUAAUUAUCAAAACUGAAAUUGUAUUUUUUUUUUUUUUAUGUUAUAAGAAAAAACAAAAGAUGAAUUAAUGAAAUUUUGAGCCGA